AUGGCGACCCCCACUAAGAAGUACCGUGUUAUUCAAGUCGCGACAGGCAAUGUCGGUAAUGUGUCGCUCCGGGCCAUCAUCGAGCAUCCCCUGCUGGAGCUUGCCGGUGUGCUAGUCUACACUAAGGACAAGGUCGGAAAGGACGCUAGUGAGCUUUGCGAACUGUCUGAUCCCAAACCCACUGGCAUCAAGGCAACCGACAAAUUGGAGGAGAUCUUGGCCAUCAAGGCCGACGCGGUCGCGUACAUGCCCAGACAAACCAACUUCGAGGAACUAAGUAAGAUCUUGGGUUCUGGCAAGGAUGUAGGGACGACGCGCACUGAUCUCCUCAAUCCGAAUUGGCUGAAGCCGGAACACCGAAGUCUCAUCGAGGCAGGCUUGAAGAAAGGAAACACGGCUCUACGAUCCAUAGGUAGCAGUCCAGGUACGGCCACUGAGUUGCUGCCGCUGGUUCUGCUUUCUUACCAGCGGAAGCUGGACUGCUUGGUCAUCAACGAGUAUGCGAAUUUGUCGAGCCGAACGAAUUCAGCCGACAUGAUCUUCAACCAGAUGGGCUAUGGCCAGCCGGACUCUGAUUUUUCAGAACAGAUGUUGAGCAAGGUGGCCGAAGACUUCCAAGGUUCCAUCAGAAUAACAGCUCAAGGACUCGGGAUCGAGCUGGACGAGGUCAAAGUGAGCGGCGAAAAGGCGCUGGCCUUGGAGGACAUCAAAAUCGCAUCUGGCCUGGUUCCCAAAGGCACGGUCGCCGCGCUUCGCAUUUCCCAUGACGGGAUCUACAAGGGAAAGGUCAUAAUCAAGUACCGUGCUAAUUGGUUCGUCACCACCAAGCUGAGCAAGGCCUGGGGCGAUGAGUGGGACCUCGACAAGUAUCAGUCAGGAUUUAUCAUCAGUUGUAAUGGCGAUGCGCCCUGGAAGAUGCAUAUUAGCUUCCCAGUUUCGGACGAUUACUACCCGAAAUUCACCCCUACUCUGGCCGCUUACCCUGUGGUCAAUCUUCUUCCUCAACUCUGUGACGGAGAGCGUGGAUUCCGCACAACACUCAACUCUCCCGUCCCCACCACUCAUUUUGAUUUCUAA